AUGCUAACUGAUACUUUCACAGAGUCGAAAAACUCGUCUCAACAUAACCAGAGCCGCAAGGCCCACCGAAACGGUAUCAAGAAGCCAAAGACCUUCAGAUACCCGUCGCUGAAGGGUACCGACCCCAAGUUCAAGCGAAACCACAAGCACGCUCUCCACGGAACUGCUAAGGCUUUGAAGGAAUUCAAGGCUGGAUUACGGGAAACCGCGUAG